UCGGGUUGGCGAACGGAAGUCACAGAGAACAGCUCCCCAGGACCAAUGGCCGAGGCGGUGUUCCGCGCCCCCAAGCGGCGGCGGAGGGUCUGUGAGACUUACGAGUCUCCGUUGCCCAUCCCCUUCGCGCAGGCCUCCGGGCUGAAGGGAGAAUUCAGGAUGUGCCGUGCGGAAAUGAUCAGCAACAGCGUGGUGGUGAGGCGCGCAGAGGACAUCGAGCAGCUGUACGGCCAGGGCUAUUUUGGAAAAGGCAUUCUUUCCCGAAGCCGUCCGAGCUUCACCGGCUCCGACCCCCGGCUGGCCGCCAAGUGCAGAGACUUGAAGACAGACAUGCCUAUUAUCACGUCAGAAAAGUACAAGUGCCGCGUGGCGUGGGCUGCCCAGCUCCUGCGCCGGCAGGGCCGCGACGAGCAGGACGUGUGCCGCCUCCUGGAAGACUUCACACGGCCCCUCGAGUGUCCCGCUGCAGCCGGGGCUGAAGCCGGGCCUCACCCCGAGAGGGUGUCCCCCUGCAAGGGCACAGCAGGGAGUGAGAUGCCUUCCGGGAGGAAGGGCGAGUCCGACGGGGCGGGCCAUGGUCUUCAGCCAGGCUCUGAGCCCCCAUCGCAGCCUGCAGCAGUGGGAGACGCCGCUCCUCUGCCCCCGGCCAGCUGCCCCGAGCGCGGUGUCCUGCCCACAGCAGGCGACCCCCCGCCUGGGGACGGCGCAUGCGGAGCAGAGCUCGGCCAGCCCCAGCAGGAGUACGUGCUCGUGGAAGAGGUGGUGUGCGACGGGGACCCGAGCGAGAGCGGGGACAGCCCAGCCCAAGAUGGGGAGCCGAGGAAGCAGUUGGUCUGCAGAAGAAAUCCCUACAGAAUCUUUGAGUGUCUGCAGCUCAGCCUCGAGGAGGCCUUCUUCCUGGUCUAUGCCCUGGGCUGCCUCAGCAUUUACUACGAGAAGGAACCUUUACCGAUAGUGAAGCUCUGGCAAGCCUUCAGCGCAGUGCAGCCCACCUUCAGGACCACCUACCUGGCCUACCACUACUUCCGGAGCAAGGGCUGGGUGCCCAAAGUGGGGCUCAAGUACGGGACGGACCUGUUGCUGUAUCGGAAAGGACCUCCAUUUUACCACGCAAGCUACUCGGUCAUCGUGGAGCUCACCGACGACCGCUUCGAGGGCGCUUCCCGCAGGCCGUUCACCUGGCGGGCGCUGGCAGCCCUGAGCAGAGUCUCCACCAAUGUCUCCAAGGAGCUUCUCCUCUGCUAUCUGAUUAAGCCCUCCACCAUGACUGACGACGAAAUGGCGUCCCCAGAGUGCAUGAAAAGAAUUCAAGUACAGGAGGUGAUUCUGAGUCGGUGGGUUUCUUCCCGAGAGAGGAGCGACCAAGAAGAGCUCUAACGACCCUCCGCACGAUGUCUUGUUGAGCUGCCUCCACGUGCCAAGUCCGGGCCACACUGCACGACCUCUCACCAUAACUGCCCACGGACACGGGCUUCGAAGGAGCUGGUGCUGCCAGCCACUCACGUUGCCAGUGCUUCAAGACAGGAAUCCAUCAGUGACUUGAGGCUGUGCUGGGCUGCGCUGAGCCUGCCGACUUGGGCGCCAUCCCCAUGCCACCUCCGGCCGGUACCCGAGAGUGUCACGAGUUGAUGUGUGUCCUGCACCCUGCAGGCCGUCAGGCACUUUGGCCCCCGGGCAUAUUGUUACCUUCAGAGUCUGUCCCUGAGGAGGGAGCAGGCCUGGGGAUUGGGAGAGUCUGUGUUGAAAUAUUUUCAACAGGAAAAGCAGUAAAAUGUCUCCACCAGGAAGCCCUCUCUACUGCGGCCGAGGACGUCCUGUACCAUGGAGUGCCUAAACAACUAUGUUCUUGGUGAACUCGCUGGGCGCGCUGUGUACAAAGGACAGUG